AUAACCCAUGAAUGUCAAGAUCGUUUGGCUUUUAUUUUUCUUAUUGCAAAAAUGCUACGACGGGCGGCGGUGUGGCAGACUGGAGUACCGAGAAAUUUUCCAAAUAAAAAUAACAUCCAGAACUUUCUUUAAAAUACCUGUGUUGUGUUGUGUCUACACUCGGGCUCAUUAAGCAGAUAGCCGCCACAGCGGUCGUGGACAAAUGAUUAGUUCCGGCUAAUUAAGUAAUGACAAGAUGAAACCCAAGGUGCAAUUCGUUCUGUUGGUACUUCUGCUGGAAUUAACUCACGUGGAAGUGAAACUCUUCUGUUUUCGGAAAUUGAAAAAACGUAACACCUGCGGUGGUUUUGUCAAGAGAGCAGACUACACCGACCUCGAGUCGUGUUGUACUGGUAAAGGUCAAGGAUUCGCUGAAAGGAAGAUAAAAUUAGGAAGGAACCGUUUUCAGUGUUCACCGUGUGGACCGAGAACUUCCGACAACAACCCGAGAACUUCCGACAAUAAACCGUAUUCCGGAAGUGAGUUCCCGCCAAUCGCAGCAGACGUCACUCCCCUUAUACCAGCCGCCCCAAGCACUGAGUUUAUCUGGCCCGUGCCGUCAAAACAAGAAAUUGUGGAGACACCUGACUUUCCUGAUGAACCCGUGACCUUGAUUGUGUGGGAACCCUGGUCCCCCUGCUCCAAGACAUGUGGGGCGGGGUGGAGGUCAAGGGCACAGGUCUGUGACGACUGUGACAGGAAUGAUUACAACAAGGUCCAGUCCCAGCCGUGUAUGGUCAACUUUUACUGUCCUGUUGACGGCAACUGGGGUCCCUGGUUUCCGUGGGAAUCCUGCUCUGUCUCGUGUGAUGCCGGGGUCAGGAUCAGGCAGCGGAGGUGUAACUACCCCCCACCUGGGUUCGGUGGCAAGACGUGUGAGGGGGACGGGAUAGCAGAACAGCACUGUCACACCAAAGCUUGUCCAGUGGAUGGUAGUUGGGGUGAGUGGUCAGACUUCUCAGCAUGCAGCACCACUUGUGGUAGCGGCAUCACAAGACGCACGAGAAAAUGUGACUCGCCCGAGCCGCUCAAUGGUGGCAAAGAUUGUAUUGGACCACCAGUAAACACCAAGAAAUGCGAGCUCGUUAAAUGUCCGGUGGACGGAGGCUGGUCAUCCUGGGGCUCGUGGAACUGGUGCUCUGCCACGUGUGGAACUGGCGUCAAAGAACGGACGAGGACGUGCGACAGCCCUAGACCACAACACGGGGGCAAUGACUGUACAGGCCCCGAGAUGGAUCAGCAGCAAUGCUACGCUGCCCACCCCUGUCCCACUGACGGGGGGUGGAGCGAGUGGUCAAAGUUUGGCAACUGCUGGGCCCCCAUCUGUGGGCGGGGCUACAAGUCACGGCUACGAACCUGCUCCAACCCUCACCCAGCCCACGGGGGCAAAGAUUGCGUAGGUGAGCAGUAUGAAAAGACGCAGUGUUUCAAAGACUCCGGCGACUGUCACAGAAACGGUUCCUGGUGUGCCUGGUCUGAAUGGACACCCUGUUCAUCAACGUGUAAAACUGACAGUGUGAAAACAAGAUACAGAAAAUGUGAAUGCCCACAGCCCAGGAAUAACGGUUUGGAAUGCCAAGGAGACGCAAGACAGGUAGAGAAAUGUUUGGAGCUUCCAAAUUGUCCAGAACCGACUGAACUUUCUGGAGAUGGUUUUGCUUAUGACGAGGAAACAGAUACAAACAUAGGCAGCAUAGAGGUCACUACAGCCACACCUAUUCACCAAAACAUUACACAGCCAACUCCCUGAUGGUUGGUGAUGGGAAUUCCCGAUGGUGUAAAAAUAGCUCAUGGAAAAUAUGAAGCAAGAUGGUGAAGAAUUUAAUGAGUCAAAACUUCAUUAUAAAAAGGACUGAAUAUUCAAAUUAUUAUGAAUUAAAAUCAUGAAUCAAUUGCUUAGGUAAAAUAAGGGGCCAGUGUGAUAGUUCUAGUGGUUUAAACUUAAAAAUAACAUCAACUUAAGUGCAAUAAAAAAUAAUGCACUAUUGUUUUUUUUUUAAUAUAUUGAUAUUUUAAAUAUUAUUUAUAUUAACAAAAAUUUAUGAAUUUACCUGUGACAUUAAAUGAUUUUGUUGAAAGAAAAUAACAAGCAAAUGAAAGAACAUCAGUAGACCUUUUGUUAAAAAUAAAAAGGUCAUUACAUUAUGUGCUGGUGGACUUCAAAUAAUUAAAUGCCA